GAUAGAAUACAUGAUCGUAUUGUGUGUUCUCAACUCUAGUUCCAGUGGAAAGAUCUGUCUCAUAGAUUAGCUAAAUACAACUAAACGACAACGGCGGCGACCACAUAGUCAGGGAUCUCCCCACACUUUUUUACUCUCCAAGUCAGAAUCACUCCGCACUACAACGAACCGAAAGAAGUUAUAUUAAAUUCGCAAUCAAGUCGGACAUUUAAAACGUUUCUGAAUCUCUUGUCGAUAAGAUGCUAGUUUUCUUGUGCUGAGUGAGACUGUCUGCUGCUACAAAAAAAGUUAAACGCAACGUGUGCAGUUCUACGCCGAAAAAAGAAUUAAUUUAUUUUAUUAAAAAAAAAAACAAAAACAACAAAAGCUUUAAAAAGUAAAUAAAAAACAAGUAAACAAUACCAAAUAAAACCAAAACGAGAAUUAUAAUAAAUUUUAAAUUGUGUCAAGCCUUGAUGAGUUUGAUGAUCAUUUAUGUGAAUACAAAAAAAUACCUACCUACCUAUAUGCCAAUGAAAUUUGUGAUUGUCCCCUCCCCAACUUAAAGAACUUAAUUCAAAUGAACGCGGCAUGAACAACGUCAUCGUCAUCAUACAUUGAUCUUAUGUUUGAAAAUUCACUUCCCGGCCAUAACUACGUCAUUGUUAAUUAGAAAACAAAUACAUUCAAGUGUUAAUGGACAUUUAAAAAUUCCCUCCAGUAAAGAAGCUUAACCCAUCAUUGCGCCUUAAGUCUUCCAAUUGAGAUUAUUAUAUUUCUUUAGUUGGCACCAUCCUGAAAUUAGAAUUUAUCAUAUCAUAAAAAUUAUAACCGAACGCCGGCCCACACAACUCAAUUUUUUUGUGAUACCACAUUACAUUUAGCAAUCGGGCAAACAACCAGUAGAAAUCAUAAGCAGCAACACCAUGAAUACCACAUCGGCAUUUGAUGAUAAUUUAGUUCAAUUGUAUACACAUCUUGUCAAGAAUUAUGUACCGGAAUAUUUCAAAGGCUUCGAAUAUACACCAUGGGUAUUUUCACUGCUGGGUUCAGUGGUAAUUGGUUUAAGUGGGAUUUUGCCACUAAUCAUAAUACCCAAUGAUGAAAAAUUGAAACAACAAGGAUAUUCAGAUCCUGGUGAAUCAAAGUUCCUUAAAGUUUUGUUAAGUUUUGCCGUAGGCGGUCUGUUGGGCGAUGUAUUUUUGCAUCUAUUACCCGAAGCCUGGGAGGGUGAUAGCGAUUUAUCCUCUUCAUCCUCGGAUCAUCCUUCAUUACGUUCCGGUCUCUGGGUUCUAGCCGGUAUACUUAUAUUUACAAUUGUGGAAAAAAUCUUCUCGGGUUAUUGUAAUGCCGAUGAAGAAAAUCCCCAACCAAAGUGUGUCGAAAUUGCCAACUGUUUAUUGCGCAAAAACGGCGGUAAACUGCCUGAUGGUAAAACCUCCGGCAGCUGUACUGGCAACGGUUCCUGUGAUAUUGAAGAUGUACCCAACGGUUGUUUCUUGCGUGAACGUGAACAGAAUAAAAAAGAACAACCAAAGAAAAUAGCUGGCUAUUUGAAUUUAAUGGCCAAUUCCAUUGAUAAUUUUACACAUGGCUUGGCAGUGGCUGGUUCAUUUUUGGUCUCAUUUCGUCAUGGUGUUUUGGCGACAUUUGCCAUUUUGUUGCACGAAAUUCCCCAUGAAGUCGGAGAUUUUGCUAUACUGUUGCGUUCCGGUUUUAGCCGAUGGGACGCUGCUCGCGCUCAGCUUUUAACUGCUGGUGCUGGUUUAAUGGGUGCCCUAGUAGCCAUUGGAGGCUCCGGCGUUACCUCAGCUAUGGAGGCUCGUACAUCAUGGAUUAUGCCAUUUACAGCUGGAGGCUUCUUACAUAUAGCAUUGGUUACAGUAUUACCGGAUUUAUUGCAAGAGGAAAAUCCCAAAGAAUCACUAAAGCAAUUACUUGCACUAUUAGGUGGCAUAGGACUGAUGGCUGUUAUGACUGUUCUGUUUGAACACUAAAUUAGUCUGUAAAUUAUAUAUUAUUUAUAAUAUAUAUUUAUAUUUUCAAAAAAUUGUUCUUCAAUCAUUUCUAUUUUUAAUUUUUUUCGCAAAUUUAAAAUAUUUCGAAAAAGUACAAUAGCAUUGUGUAUAAAUAACAAUAUUACUUUAUUUAAUUUAAAAAAUUAAAGAUUUCUAAAUUUUGAAACUACUUUAUAAAUAAAAAAUACAACUCCCAUUCUAUGUUAAUUAAAGUUAUAUUUUAAACUUUAACACUAGUUAGACACCAUAUGACAUUAUACAUACAUACCCACACCCAUAUACAAUAUUCAGUUGAAAAUAAUUAGUUAUUAUUGUUAAUUAGUUAUGUAGAAAUAGAUAUUCAACAUGCAAAUGAAUACGAUUUGAAUAAUUUAAAAAACAACUGCAUAUUAUUAACGAAACCUAUAAUAUAUUGACUAUUUUUUAGCAUUUUUAUAAAUUAUGUUUUUUAUUUAUAAAAGCCAUAAUUGUUUUUCCUUUCGUUAUGUUAUGAAGUAAUUUAAUAUCGGUUUUUUUUUUUGAAUUUUAUUAAACUGCGUCUCGUUAAGAGAUCUAAAUUAUAUUUAUACAUAUGUAUAUAUUUAAGAAGAAAAAAAUAUGUGAUAUAACGCAUAAAAAAUAAUCAAAAAUAAUAAAAAAAUAUUUGAAAAUAAAUAAAAAGAGAAAAUAAAUGAAAAAAAUAUACUGAAGUGUAGUUUUAUAUUUAAUAGACUCAAAUGAUAUACACAAUUGCUAUAACACAAAAAUUUUGCAAUGUCCUUCGUUGUCUAGCACAAUUUGUGGGUGCCUAUUCUGAAGGAACAAUUGUUGAAACUGGCAAAGAACAAUCGUUUUCAAAAAUACUCUGAAAGAAUCCGAUGUUAAAACAUUUUGGUAAUUUAAGUAUUAAUUGUGUGUUUAGGCUCUAGAGCGGUUUAAAUUUGGAAUCGAUCGAAACUAACCUAUGAAACUAUAUCUUAAUCGUAUGUGACCCCUCGAAUCUAUUAUGGAGUGAAUGUUAUGCCUUUUAGAAUACUCAAAUAUAAAAUCGGAUGAAACAACUUAA